GAUUUGGGAGCGAAACAGCGGAGCAAGCGAUCGCACAAACACCCGACGUCGCGAAACAGUUGGCUGCACAGUAAAUCACCACCAUGUCCGGACAGCCGCCGCCGUCUUACAAUGAGUCAGUCGGAUUCCCUGGCAUGCCCGGCGCUGGAAUGCCCGGAGCUGGAAUGCCCGGGGCGGGGAUGCCGGGUGCCGGGGGGUUCGCCGGCGGGCCCAUGCCGCCCAUGCUGCCCAGAAUGCCCCCUGGUGGCUUCGCAGGUCCAGGUUAUCCACAAGACGGAUCGCCAAAACACACAGGAGGCUACCCACAACAGGGAGGAGGCUACCCACCACAGGGAGGAGGGUACCCACCACAGGGAGGAGGCUACCCACCACAGGGAGGAGGCUACCCAGCACAGGGAGGAGGCUACCCACCACAGGGAGGAGGCUACCCAGCACAAAGAGGAGGGUACCCAGCACAGGGGGGAGGCCAUGCCCCACAGGGGGGAGGCCAUGCCCCACAGGGGGGAGGCCAUGCCCCACAGGGGGGCGGUUAUCCCCCACAAGGAGGGCAGCCACAUUACGGAGGUUACACGGAGCCAGGGGCGCCAUCUGCCGGUGUGAGCGUGCCGGCGGGGGCGGAGUUCGGAGAUUCGUUUUCGGACAAGGCGAUCCGGCGAGCGUUCAUCCGUAAGGUGUACCUCAUCCUCAUGGUACAGCUUCUCAUCACCACCGGCUUCAUCGCGCUCUUCGUGUUCCACGACGGCGUUAAAUAUUACGUGCAGCACAAUUCCUGGCUCUACUGGACUUCUUACGGCGUGUUCCUCGUCGUCUACAUCGUUCUCGUCUGCUGCAAAGGACCACGCCGGAGGUUCCCCCUGAACUUCAUCUUUCUCGGCAUCUUUACGGUGGCAUUCUCCUAUCUGGUUGGUACAAUCAGCAGUUACUACGACACGAAGAUCGUUCUCAUGGCGAUGGGAAUCAGCACGAUCGUCUGCCUCACCGUCUCCAUCUUCUCCAUCCAGACCAAGUACGACUUCACCAAGUGGGGAGGAAUGCUGUUUGUUGCUGCCAUGGUUCUCAUGAUAUUUGGAAUCUUUGCCAUUAUACUCUACCGCUACAUCCCUUUCCUGAACAUCGUCUACUCUGCUCUGAUGGCACUACUGUUCACGGCUUUCCUGGCAUUCGACACACAGAUGGUGAUGGGUAACAAGCGAUAUUCGCUCAGCCCCGAGGAAUACAUCUAUGGCGCGCUACAGAUCUACGUUGAUGUCAUCUACAUCUUCCUCGCCAUCCUCAGCCUCACCGGAUCAGCGUCCAACUAGCGAACCGUCGCCGCUGCUGCUGCUGCUGCUGCUGCCACCUACCGUGCGUCGUCAUCGUCACGGAGUAGGUCGAGGCGCGUUGAUGUUCGCUUCGAGGUUUUGUCGAAACGAAAGCACGUUUGUGGUCGGCAGCUGCCUCAGUGCUGGUUGUCUAUGCUGCGCACACGUAGCCCCCCCCCCCUGCCGCCGAUUGUCCGCGCGUGGUGGUGGUGGUGGCAGUGAGUGGAGACCGGUGACACUGACGCCCCCCCUCUCUAUCCUUAGAUGUGAGCUUUUUAUCACGGAUGAUCUAUCUAUCUAUCUCGCACGAUGACCGCACGCCUCUCUCCCUCGGAUGUCGUUGUUGAAGUCGGCGAUACUAGAACGGUUUGUGCACGUUUUUGUUGCGCGCACGCUAAAGUGUCUGCUUUGCGACACUUUGUUGCUAAGCGUUGUCCUUAGAAUGGUCGUAUGGCAAUGACGAUUGGGCAGUGUUGCGUUUGCAAUCUAGCCAGACGGAUGGGUCGAUGGUGGGCAGCAUAGUAAAGGCGGAUUGGGUUUAUGUGGCUCGCUGCGAUGUUGUUGGUGCAAUUUUUUUUUUCACGAUUUGCUAUAUUUUUUUGGUUUCGCAUUUUUUUGGUUUCUUUUCUCGAGCGGUUUACUCUUACGUUGACGCCUUCUACUGUUGUUUCGUUUUCUCCUACUUUGUCGAGGAAUUUUUUAUAUGUGUUACGCGUUUUGUUUUGUGGAUCACGCCUUUUGGAUACUUUUCUUGUUAGAAUCAUGAUCUGCAGUUUUUCGCUUUACAAGAGGUAAAAAAAUCUUUGCAAUGUUGAAUCUCCUGCUGCUAUAUAGUUACUGUUUGUCAUUAUGCAACAAGCCGGUUAUCUGUUAGUUAACUAAUUAUUAUAGUUAACUAAUUAGCUUAUAGUUAGCUAGUUAGUUAGUUAAGCAGUUCGUUUUAGUUUUCUGUCGAAAAUCACACACUAUUGCAUCUGCCCUUAGGUCCUUUUCCUAGCGUUUUGUAACGUGUAGUAUAAUGUCGUUCAUACGAGUGUAAGAAGUGUCGUUCUCGUCGUCGAUCGUUUAUGAUAUUUGUUUACUAGACGUUCAUAGUAUUUAUUUAUUCGACGUAAUCAAAUCUAUCUGGGAUAACUGUGAACGUGAUUUGUGCCCGUGCCUGGCAGUAGUUUUCAGGUGUGGGUGAGAUGUGUAGUUAGUGUGUGUGUGUGUGUGUGUGCGUGCGUGCGUGCGUGCGUGCGUGCGUGCGUGCAUGCAUGCGUGUGUAAGUGUGUGAAUGUAAGUGUGGAGUGGUAUGUACACGUUUGUGCCUACAGUGGAUAUAUUUUAGUGCACAUAUACACCAGCCAAUGACGUUUGCAUAGUAAAGCGAUCAGGAAGUUUGGAUCUUGUUUUUUGAGACAUUGCGAUAACCGAUAGCAUAAUACAAUAUAUGAGAAUGUAUGGUGCGAAUAGAAUACGGCUAGCAUAAUACCAGGAGUCUAUCAAUACUAUAAAAAAUAAUAGGACCCUGAUAAUACUAUAAAGUGAGAGCCUAGUUAUAUUAUCGUAUCGUGAACCUGUGUUCGUACUAGGUUCGUGGCAAUACUUUAUAUAUAUAUAUAUAUA